AUGCCCGGCAGUUCGAGAAUGCCAGUGAGCUUGCGCAAUAGCUUCACCGUCAAAAAGGGUUCAUCAAGUAGUAGCCAAUUACUGGCUUUGAACAUUGAUCUACUUCGAAAUAUCGUAUUCUUUUUGUUCUUACUGAGAUGGACGAGGAAGGGUCUUUUGAAACUGAAGGGAAGGGGGCUUUUUGGUAGUUUCGCAGACGCAUAUAUCUCAAUUCGCAGAACACUCUAUGGAUUAUUCCUACGAGCACCCGGUGUACGAUCUCAAGUACAAAAACAGGUCUCAGAGGCAGUUACGAAAUUACAAGGCAAACUGGUACCGACAGGUCCAGGCGUGGUACGAUAUUUGACGCUGCCGAAGGAAGGAUGGUCUGAAGAAACGGUCAUGAAAGAGUUGGAGACGUUGGCCAAUAUGGAUCAUACCAGAUGGGAGGAUGGAUUUGUCUCGGGUGCUGUGUAUCAUGGAGGAGACUCGUUGAUGAAACUACAGACGGAGGCAUUUGGAAAGUUUACAGUCGCGAAUCCUAUUCACCCGGAUGUGUUCCCGGGAGUGAGAAAGAUGGAGGCAGAAAUCGUGGCAAUGGUUUUGUCGAUGUAUAAUGCUCCUCCGGGAGCUGCUGGAGUUACAACUAGUGGAGGUACAGAGUCUAUUUUGAUGGCUUGCUUAAGUGCAAGACAGAAGGCUUAUGCCGAGAGGGGUGUAAAGGAGCCGGAAAUGAUUCUACCAGAAACGGCACACACAGCAUUCCGCAAAGCAGGUCAAUAUUUCGGUAUCAAAAUUCAUCUUGUCGCUUGUCCCGCUCCAUCUUAUCAAGUCCAUCUUCCAAGCGUAUCUCGCCUUAUCAACAGCAAUACUGUUCUUCUCGUCGGAUCCGCGCCCAACUUCCCUCAUGGACUCAUUGACGACAUCACUGGUCUCUCCAAGCUCGCCGUCAAACGUAAAAUUCCACUUCACGUCGAUUGCUGUCUUGGAUCAUUCCUCGUCCCCUUCCUCGAGAAGGCCGGAUUUGAAACAGAACUCUUUGAUUUCCGUCUCAAGGGUGUUACUAGUAUAAGUUGCGAUACUCACAAGUACGGCUUUGCUCCCAAGGGUAACUCGACUGUUCUUUACCGCACCGCAGCCUUGAGAACUUACCAAUACUUCAUCUCUCCUGACUGGUCAGGUGGUGUGUAUGCCUCUCCAUCGAUUGCCGGAUCUCGUCCAGGUGCUCUAAUUGCUGGAUGUUGGGCUUCACUUAUGAGUGUUGGAGAAACUGGCUAUAUCAAUUCUUGUAACGAGAUUGUUGGAGCUACCAAAAAGAUCAUCGAUGCCAUAAACGAAAACCCAUCUCUUAACGCCGAUCUCCACGUACUAGGUAAACCACUUGUUUCUGUUGUAGCUUUCACGUCCAAGACACUCGAUAUUUAUGAUAUUGCCGAUGCUAUGUCAGGAAAGGGAUGGCAUCUCAAUUCGUUACAGAACCCACCGGCUAUACACGUAGCUGUGACCUUACCGAUUGUAAAGGUGUGGGAGAAAUUGGUCGAAGACUUGAUAGCUGUUGUAGAAGGGGAGAAGGAGAAGGAGAGAGUCAGAAUUGUGGAAGGUAAAGGAGCAAAGGGAAAGAGCUUGGGAGAUUCGGCGGCCCUCUAUGGAGUUGCAGGUAGUCUGCCAAAUAAGAGCGUGGUGGUCGAAUUAGCGAGUGGAUUUUUGGAUACUUUGUAUAAAGCUUAG